UUGCUGUUUCUCGGGUCCAACUCGCCCCUCUUUUUUUGAUUCUUUUUAUUCUUUGUCCAAUGAUGCCUGAAUCCUUUAUCAAACAAAAUGUGCCAAAUUGGCUACAGUAUAUAAUGACAUUCACAGGCAUUACUGGAUUAACAGGAGUUGUUCUCUUAUACAUGUACCAAUGUAAACUAAUCUACCCAGCUUCCUUUCCCGAAGGUUCACGUCAAGAGGUAGCAAAACCUACAGAGUUUGGCAUGAAAUAUAUCGAGAAAGAUUUAAUGACCAAGGAUAAAGUCAACAUCAAGAGUUAUGUUAUACUUCAGACUGAUUUGGAAGUAGCUAAAAAAUCACCUACCAUUCUUUAUUUUCAUGCUAAUGCCGGAAACAUGGGUCAUCGUUUGCCUAUUGCUAAAGUAUUAUACGACCGUUUCAACUGUAAUGUGGUCAUGUUGUCUUACAGAGGCUACGGUAAAAGUGAGGGCUCGCCCAACGAAAAGGGUUUUAGAAUCGAUUCACAGACAUUACUAGAUUUCGUAAGAGAACACGAGAUUUUAAAAGACACUCCACUUGUUGCUUAUGGACAGUCUAUUGGUGGUGCCGUUGCCAUCGAUCUUGUUUCUCGUAAUGAAGAUUCCUUCUCUGGUUUAAUGGUUGAAAAUACGUUUUUAAGUCUGCCGAAAUUGAUUCCAAGUGUGAUGCCAUUUUUGAAGCAUUUCACAUUUUUAUGUCAUCAGCAGUGGCCAAGUGAAAAAAGCAUUCGACAUAUUGUCAACAUACCCAUUUUAUUCUUGGCAGGUGCAAAGGACGAAUUAGUCCCACCUUCCCACAUGGUUACCUUGAACGAAUUAAGUGAAACCCGAGGUCAAAAAACUUGGGUCGCAUUUCCUAAUGGUAUGCAUAAUGAUACCUGUAUGCAACCGGGUUAUUUCAAUGCCAUUCGUGAUUUCUUAGAAACCUAUGUUCUCAAAAAGGAAUCCUCCUCUUCAAAAAUCAAUAAAGUCUUUGUCGAUGGUCAACCAGUCGCUGCUAAUGGUGAAUCAAGCCGACUUGUCAGUGGUAAUACCGAUGAAACAGGUGUACCUCAUGAUAUAGAGUUUAUCGAAUUGGAUGAGGAAUAAUAGCGUCUUAUUUCUCAAUUUUACCCUUCUACUUCUAAAAAAAAACAAUCAAUAAACGUGCAUUUCAUUUGAACUUCAUAUCAUAUCCAAAUGAUGUUUCCUCUAGAAUCAAAUACACAUUUAGUAACCUCGAAUCCUCAGCCUGCAUGAGACCUUAUCAUACACGCCUAUAGAACGUACUGUCAAGUACAAACAUUUAUGUUUAGCUUGACAG